UUGGACAUCCACGAAGUCAACUAAAAAGCUACGUCUCCUAGUCGAUUUUUCUUCAUUGAUUUCUCUUCUCUCUUUCUAGUCGAUUUUUUUGGAAUAAACAAAUGAACUGCUGCGGAGAGGGCCUCGCGGCUCCGGCGACGUCAGGGGCGGCCGUAUCGCCGCUCGAGUGGAAGUUUUCGCAGGUCUUCGGAGAAAGGACCGCCGGCGAAGAAGUUGAGGAAGUUGAUGUAAUAUCCGCUAUUGAAUUUGAUAGAACGGGGGACCACCUUGCCGCUGGAGAUCGUGGAGGCCGGGUGGUUUUAUUUGAAAGAACUGAUAUAAAGGAUCAUGGUGGACACCGGAGAGAUCUGGAGAGGAUGGAUUAUUCAAUCAGUGGGCAUCCUGAGUUCCGCUAUAAAACUGAAUUCCAAAGUCAUGAACCCAAGUUAGAUUAUUAUAAGAACUUGGAAAUUGUGGAAACAAUCAACAAGAUCAGAUGGUGUCAAACAGCUAACGGUGCACUGUUUCUCCUCUCCACUAGUAGCAAAACCAUCAAAUACUGGAAGUUGCUAGUUCUAUGUCAGCAAGCUCAAAACCGUAUCUUGCAAAUGGAGCAUGUUGCAGCUCAAAACUUCAUUUCCAGCCUUGCAGCAAUGACAUUAAAUUUAUUUCGUCAGUUUGACAGUUUCGAGAUCAAGAUGUGGACGAGCCAUGUGGCUAGAUGUCGAAGACUCUAUGACAAAGCUCAUGACUAUCAUAUUAAUUCGAUUUCAAAUAACAGCGGUGGUGAAAUUUUUUUAUCAGCUGAUGACCUUCGAAUUAAUCUUUGGAACCUAGAGAUUAGCAAUCAAAGUUUUAAUAUUGUUGACAUGAAGCCGGUAAACAUGGAGGAUCCAACUGAGGCGAUAACAUCCGCAGAAUUUCACCCUACUCAUUGUAACAUGUUGGCGUACAGUAGCACAAACGGCUCAAUUCGUCUUAUCGAUCUGCGGCAGUCAGCUUUAUGUGACACUCAUUGCAAAUUGUUUGAAGAACAAGAAGUGCCCGGCUCAAGAUCUUUUUUCACUGAAUUACUAGCAUCAAUUUCAGAUAUUAAGUUUGCUCAGAACGGAAGACAUAUACUAAGUCGGGAUUACAUGACUCUUAAGUUAUGGGACAUCAACAUGGAUUCUGGCCCAGUUGCCACUUUCCAGGUUCAUGAACAUCUAAGACCAAAGCUCUGUGAUUUAUACGAAAAUGAUUCUAUCUUCGAUAAGUUUGAGUGCUGUCUAAGUGGAGAUGGACACCGAGUGGCAACAGGUUCUUACAGCAAUCUGUUUCGAGUGUUUGGUUGUUCUGAAGGGAGCACAGAAGCAACAACAUUGGAGGCCAGCAAAAACCCCCUGAGGAGACAAGUUCAAACGCCUGCAAGGCCUUCUAGAUCUUUGGGCAACCUUCGUCGUGUUCUCAGGCGAGGUAUGUGCUUCCAUUGUAACAUAAAAGGUGCGGAUAACUCUGGAGCUGAUCCGGAUAACUCUGGAGCUGAUGCAAACGGAAAUUCUUUUGACUUCACAACAAAGUUGCUACAUCUUGCAUGGCACCCUUCUGAGGAUUUAAUAGCCUGUGCUGCUUCAGACACCCUAUACAUGUAUUAUGCGUCAAAGUAAUACGGAAAGUUGUCUGUCUUGGCCGGCAAAGCUCUUCCGAUUUCUAUUGACAAAAGGUUGCUUGCCUUCUUCUCCGGUUAGUGAUGUUAGCUGCGCCCUACCUAACUACAAAAUUUUUGCUGAUGUCAACAUUUUCAAGAAGAAAGUAGUAUCUGCCCCUCCCAUACAGGCGAUACCUUGCUGUUUAUGGUAACUCGUAAGGAGAAUACUGUAGUCCUAAUUGUGUCUUUUUAGUUGAAGAGAUGUGAUAUUAGCUCAUCAGCCUACCGAAAAAAUACCUUUGCUGCCACAGUAGAAACCAAUUGGGUCCUAUAUCCUGAAGCGGGGAGAAGCUGUAGUGGGCCUUGACUUGAACCUUGUAUUAUUUGAAGUAAAGUUAAAAGGGUUUGUGAAAUUUUUAUCACUGUUUUUAUUCUAACCAUUAUUUCCCCCUCUUUCAGAGUCUGCUGAUUUUCUUUGUUUAGCCAGUAUUGGUUCCUUUGGAGAGUUUCACUCGGAAUCAAAGAUUUGUCGGUCUUAAUUCAUCUGGUUAUCUGGUGUUUAUUGUUUUAGGUAAAUGUUUUUGGUGUAGGCAAACUGAUCAUCUCUAUAUUGUACGAGGUUCGGUCACAAUAUCGAAGCAUAUGGACUAGUUUUGGUGAAUUAGGUGCUUCCUUCGUUUAGUUUGUGCUGGCAUUAGUAUAGCCUUUGGGGGCUAGGAACUGUAGCAAACUUUUCUCUUGUUCUUAAACCACUAUUUUAUCAAGCAUAUGUGAACUUUUCCUCUU